AGCGACAACGAGACGUAGGUACAGACAAACUUCAGUGUUCGCACUGACUUGAGAUGCAACAUGACUGCAGAAAUUUGGGACGUUAUUAUUGUUGGCGCUGGACUUUCCGGACUGAGUGCGGCCCAUUUCCUCCGAAAGAGGGUGGCCGAGUUAAAAAUACUCAUUUUGGAAGGAAAUGAUCGAGUGGGUGGUCGGACCGUGGCCUCUGACAUACCAGCAGCCAAUGGUGUUGAUCGCUGGGACUUUGGAGGACAGUGGGUCGGAAGCACCCAAACUCAUGUUAUGGACCUCAUAAAAGAGCUGGGCUUAGAGAUCUACCCGCAGUUCAACACUGGGAAAAAGGUGAUUCACAUGGGUGGGCCAACUUCCAAAGUUCGCACCUACAGCAGCAGCAUUCCCACCAUGUCCCCACUGGUGCUCAUGGACUUCACCCACCUCCUGUCGAAGAUUGACAGACUGUGUGGAACAGUUUGUGUCCAAGACCCUUCCAAGACUCCGAAUGCUGUGGAGCUAGACAGCAUGACUCUUCACUCAUUCGUGGAGCAACACGCUUGGACGGCAGAAAUAAAAGAGCAUAUUGAAGUGUGCACCAGAGCUGCCUUUGGCAUGCAGCCUUCCCAGAUGUCCUUCCUAUUCUUCCUCAUGUACGCUGCAGCAGCUGGAGGGCUACUGGCACUGCUGGAGAGUUCUCCAGGUGGUGCUCAGGAGUUCAAGAUAAAGGGAGGCACCCAGCAGCUUUCAGAGCUUCUGGCUGAUGGCGUCGGGUUGAAGAAUGUCCGGCUGGGUUCUGCUGUGACGGCCAUAUGGCAGGAUGCGGAGUGGGCCAGGGUGAUGACGAGCAACGACACCUACUUGUGCAGAGCUGUGAUUGUCACUUGCCCCCCUCAUUUGGCAGCAAAGAUCCACUACCAACCAGCCCUGCCCAGUAUGAGAGAAUUCCUCACUCAGAACAUGCCUGUGGGCCAUAUGAUAAAAUUCAUUAUCACCUACAAGACGGCUUUUUGGAAGGAAAAGGGUUUCUCUGGAGAAAUAGUGGCAGGAUCUUCCACUGACUGUCCAUUCUGUGUUACCUUUGACGCCACCAGCCCCCAGGGUAAUGCAGCUCUUGUAGGUUUCAUUUCCAGCAAGCAGGCCACUCACUGGACCACCAUGGAGGCUGGAGAAAGAAGAACGGCUGUGCUUUCCAGUCUGGUCAAAUAUCUUGGUCCUGAAGCUGCAUCCUGCAUCCACUACGAAGAGAAAGACUGGGCUAAGGAGGUCUACAACGGUGGCUGCCCUGUCAACGUCAUGGCACCAGGCCUGUUAACAUAUUACCAUCCUAGCCUGAGGAAGCCCUGUGGCAGGAUCCACUGGGCCGGCACUGAGACAGCCACCCAGUGGUGUGGCUACAUGAGCGGUGCAGUACAAUCUGGUCAGCGAGCAGCUCUGGAGGUUCUGGCUGAAGUCUGCCAUGGGGUUCUGACGAAGGAGGAGCAGGAAGUGCUGCAGCAAAGUCCAACUGUGGAGAACCCUGCAAACCCAAAAGCCUCGGCCAAACCUGCGCUGUUCACAAGGAAGGGAGCGAUUAUAGCAGUGCUAACAAUAAGUGCUGCUCUACUUCUGGCUCGGCGUCAAAACGCAUUGACAAGAAUCGAAACUUACUUGAAGAAUAUCUUCAACAAAUACAAAUAAAAUUCUACAAAUUUAAAACCAGAGUUAAAUGUUCUGAUAAAUUUAAUGAAGGCUAAUCAAACAAGUAUCGAAACACGUGAAAUUCUUUGCAUUUUUUUGUAUACUUAGAGAAAUAACUGAGCAACUCUGCUUUGUUUUCUGUUUUAACAAUUAAUAUUGUUAAAACUGAGGCCUUAAGUGUUCACUUAAGGCCUCAGAGUGAUUAUGUUUAAACAGUUUGUAGUGAGAAAACAGAGCUUUCAUAGUGCAUGUUUGUGCUGUUCCUCAGCUCAACAUUAAACCUGCUUAAGAAGCUUGUAGCAGAGCCACUAGCAUGUUUGCACACCCACUAAACCUCUGCCAGACGUUCGAAUUAGCUUGAGAUGGAUGAACCAGUCACACAAUGAUAAUGUCCCAGCGUGAGCGAUUUAAUCGAUAUCACUUGAUUGCACAGUUGAUCCAAAGGAUUUUUGUCAAUACUCACUUCUCCCCGAGAGAGGGUUUACUAAUCACUGCAACUAGGCUGCAACUCCAUUGUUACCCUGGCUUGCCAUUUGUCGUUGUUAUCACUAGCUUGCACCGAAUCAUCUGCUUGUUCUCCCUGGCUUCAUCUCAGCCAGUCUGGACUGAAGCAUGGCCAAUAAAUCAACAUCUCUGAACAUGUUUGUUUUUUUCUUUUCAACAUUUGGUAACAGAUUUGAUCAUUUUGGCUGGUGAUCAGUAGUUGUCAGGUAAUAAACAAAAAAUUUAAUACAUCUUUUUUUCUGAUUUGACAACACUGAGAGGAAGAGCAGAGUGGAUUGGUGUACUGUUCACAGACUUCACAGCGCUGCACACAUGCGGUUAAUGUACCAUCUGGGAGACUGGCAGCUUGCCUUGUCAGUUGCUGUUUUUUCAUCAUCCUCUGCAGCUCUGAAUACACAAGCAGUGUGAGAUGGUGAGCAUUUAAUAGAGGGGGGGGUAAAAAAAAAAGUCUGUCAAAUUACUGUGUGCAUGAAUUGUAAUAGAAGCACGACAUGAGUCUUGCUUAAGGUUCUGAAAUUCAGAAUCAACAUGCACCAUAUGCAUUACAGGGAAUACUAUGAGAGGGUAGAGAAAGAAAAAAAAAUUACUACUCUGAGAAUUAAGCAGCCAAUGUCCAGAGUACAGUUACACUCAUGAUUUCUGACUGCUUCUCAACAAAUAUUUUAUUAGGCUUGAUAUUUAUUUUCAGAAUUUCUCUGUGAAAAGAAGCACACUGAUAGAUGUCAUGGCCUCAAGUCAGAAAAAUACAAGAAAAAAUGUGAUUCAUAACAAAUCUGGAAAGAACACUGCUUCAUUGAUACUCCUAAGAUUAGAAAAAAUACAAUAAUGAAUUUUUCAGACCAUGACAGUUUCAAAGCCCCCAAAAUAUGUAGUCCAUGAGUUCAAAACAGAAAACACAAUUUAUCUUUUUCUGCUGUUUUUCUGUACUCUGUGUAUGUUUGCGCCUGUUUCUUCUACCCAAAUAAAAGAUCUCCAGAAAAGUC